AUGAUUCAAACUACUCAAAAUAUCAGUGCCACCCCUAUUACACAAACGCAAAUAAUUAAGGAGAUAGUUAUUCCUUAUUCAUCUCUAGCAAAUGCAUCCGCACAAAAGCAAGCUGAAGAACAGGAAGAUUUAAUGAAUCAAAUUCAACAGCUAAAACAAAACCUCUCUAAUGAAGAUAAAUGUGUUAAGCAUCUAAAAAAUCAGGUAAAGAAUAGGCACAAAAGUGUUAAAAAAGGAAAUGACCUUAUAAAAGAACAGCAAAUAGUUAUUAAAUAUAAUAAGCCGUCUUUCUUACAAAAACAUUCAGACUUACUUGACUGCAUACAUAAGAGCAUUGAAUUCAGGACCGCAGAUAAAAAAAGAAGAAGAGAAGUGAUGAAAGUUAAAACCGGUAAUAAUCUUGCAGAUGAUCUUAGAAAACAUUAUAAUGAAUAUAUCUCUAGGACUACUGUAAAUAAUUAUCUCUUACUAUCUUGGUCAAAUUUGAUUGCUGCCAAAGCACAUCAUCAUCCUGCCUAUAUCGCAGUUUCAAAUGUAUUUCAAACUGACACAA